CUACGGUCAAGGCGGACUGUGAUAUACCCGGCGUUGGUGCAGUGACCUUGCAUAUUGAGGUAGUGGAGAAAGAUAUGAAAAAUCACAGCUCCUUAGACCAAGCUUGGCGAAGGCUAAUAUCAGAAAACCCGUUUAGCAUACGGGUUCCUGAGAGGUUUACACGCGAUUUGUUGGCAGUAACGGAAGAGAUGAGCCUCACGGUCUCGGAGCACGCACAACGGUCAGGAAGGAUCAAACAAGAUGCGGAGGAUAGCGCCGACCGCGAAGGAGAACAAGGGGAGCCGUGA